UCUUUGUUUUCAUUCUGCUGAAGCGUUUAGCGUUCGUUAUUUGUGCCCGGUUUAAUUAUUUUGUUUUAUUUCCUGUGUGAGCAUUUCCCAUUGUUGAUCAGAAUUCAUGUAACAAUGUCUACCUGUGAUACUCAAAAAGCUGAGGCUUCUAAAGAUAAUGUAUCUCAGAACUCAAUCGACGAAGGUUUACCUCGAGAACUUAGUCAACUGAGUCUUUCGAGUGGUUCAAGUCCAGAUGAAUUUCACUGCCACAAAGGACACUCCGAAACAACAUUAAAGAAUAUAUUUGGUUAUUAUCAAGCGCAAAAGCUUUGUGAUGUAGUUCUUAUUGCUGGCACUUGCAGGAUACCUGCACAUAAAAUAGUUUUAGUAUCAUGCAGCGAAUAUUUUGCUGCAAUGUUCACGGGUUCACUGCAAGAAAGCAAAUCUACAGAAAUAACUCUAGAAAGGGUUGAUCCGCAAGCUCUGAAGACACUUGUACAUUAUUGUUACACAGGAAUUAUAGAAUUAAGUGAAGACACAGUAGAAGUAUUAUUAUCGACUGCCACAUUACUCCAACUUCACAUAGUAACCAAAGCAUGCUGUGAUUUCUUAGAGAAGCAGUUGGAUCCCUGCAACUGUUUAGGCAUAGCUCUAUUUGCCGAACAACAGUCCUGCAUGUCGCUACAUAAAACUGCUAUGGAGUACACAUAUCAACAUUUUAUGCAGGUAGUCAAAAACGAAGAGUUCCUAUGCCUAGGUGAUGAACAAUUAGCCAAUUUAUUGAAAUCUGAUGAUCUCAACGUGGUGACUGAAGAGAAUGUGUUUGAGAGUAUGCUGCUGUGGGUGAACCACGAUAUUGUGAACAGGGAGAAGUAUUUGCCAAACUUGUUGAAACUGAUUAAACUGCCAUUAUUGUCAUCGGAGUAUCUAAUAGAUAAAGUGGAGCAAGCUUGUGGCAAUGUAGCUGAAUGCCAGCCGCUCAUAAUGGAAGCUGUGAAAUGGCACUUGCUGCCCGAACGACGAUCCCUCCUGUUCUCACACAGAACUCGACCUCGGACCUCAACUAUUGGACGCUUGUUGGCUAUUGGCGGCAUGGAUGGCUAUAAGGGUGCUAGCAACAUGGAAAUGUAUGACCCAAGGACAAAUACAUGGACUCCAUUCAUGAGAAUGGGUGCUCGGAGGCUGCAAUUUGGCGUCGCUGUGAUGCAGAAUAAACUUAUUGUUGUGGGGGGUAGAGAUGGCCUUAAAACUCUUAAUACGGUGGAAUGUUUCGACCUCACGUCGCUCAGCUGGAGUACGCUAGCGCCGAUGAACGCGCACCGGCACGGGCUCGGCGUGGCCGUGCUCGGCGACGGGCCCAACUCGCCCAUAUACGCCGUGGGCGGACAUGACGGCUGGAUAUAUUUGAACUCUGUGGAGCGAUGGGACGCGUGCUCCCGCACGUGGACGAUAGUGGCCGGCAUGGCGGGCGCGCGUAGCACGUGCGGCGUAGCGGCGCUACGCGGCCGCCUCUACGCGGUGGGCGGGCGCGACGGCGGCGCCUGCCUGCGCUCCGUCGAGUGCUACGACCCCGCCACCAACCACUGGGCCGCCUGCGCGCCGAUGACGCGCCGCCGCGGCGGCGUUAGCGUGUGCGCCGCGGGCGGGUACCUGUACGCGCUGGGCGGGCACGAGGCGCCGGCCAACACGGCGGGCGGGCGCCUCGCGUGCGUGGAGCGCUACGACCCGCUCGCCGACUCGUGGGUGCUGCUCGCGCGCCUCUCGCACGCGCGCGACGCCAUCGGCGCCUGCCUGCUCGGCGACCGCAUCGUCGCCGUGGGCGGCUACGACGGCGUGCAGUACCUGUGCGUGGUGGAGGUGUACGACUCGGAGUCGAACUGCUGGCGCAAGCUCGCGCCGCUGAGCACGGGCCGCGCCGGCGCCGCCGUCGUCGCCGUCCCGCCGCCCCGGAACGUCUUCUGAUAUCGCAGCCACCAGCUCCUUGUUUACGUCAUCGGCUAAUUCUUUUUUUUUAACGAUGUCUCGAAUCGCGCGUUGCGAAAGGGGGCUGGACGGGAAAUAAGACCGGUCUUCUGAUAUUGCAGCCACCAGCUCGUUGUUUUAGGUCAUCGGCUGAUUUUUUUUUUUUUUUUUGUAACGAAAUUCGACGACUGGACGGAAAAAAUAAGACCGAAAGUUGUAACGACACUUUUUGGUGUUGUAAGCCACGCGUGUUUCUCGGUCCGUCUCUCUCUCUCAUAGAAGCAAGUAGUUUAAUUGCAAUUCCUUCACAAAUUGAUCGAAACGAACUUUGUUCCAUCCCAGUACCGCUUGACACCUCUCAAGUUUUUUUUUUAGUAUUACAUUGAUUUUCAACCACUCGGUGACAGUUUCGAAAUUCAUUAUUCUACUCUAUGACGGUUGUUUUUUUUUUUUGUAAUUGUCGUUGUAAUGGAAUCUCAAAAGAUUUUUUCGAAAUCCAGUCUGUUAAUAAAAAACAAUCAGAACAUAACAGUUGACUCGAAGGACCAAAAAUUUUAAUCGUAAAGAGAGAAAUAGUCACAAUCAUGCCAAUGAGUUUCGCGUAAAAAAUUACAUUUAGUGCAAUUUCAGUGUGAUUCAUUUCAAUACAAGGAAUUAUAAGAGAGAAGAGAAAAUCAAACAAUACUCAUAGCCGAUGUCGUAACUUAGUUUUAAUCAAUUUAUACGGACCCAAUAUUCGUCUGAUAUAAUCUUGUUUUAACGAAAUAGACUAGUGUGUACUUAAUCGCUCAUAUAUUUUUCUAAGAUAAUUUUGUUUAAUUUUAAAUAUAAUAUACAUUUUAAGUAUGACAUCACAUUACUAAUCAUUUUAUACAAAUCUACAAGUCUACAUCUUUAGUGCUUCUCACAUUUCACAUAAUAUAAUUGAUUUUUUUCUUAUCUCCCUUUUCUUUCUGAAUUAUUUAUUUCUAUAUCUUUCAUUCCAUUAUUUCUGGCAAUUGUAAGUAAAUGCAUUGCUAAUUGCUAUGUACAUAUAUUAUAGAAAUACUAGAUUAUCGAAUACAAUUAGACAAAAACGAAUAAUAAUUAAGUUCCCGUUGUUGUAAAACAAAAAAAUGUUAUAGAUACGGUGCAUUUAGCUUUACUUGUAUUUUUAUAUAAUUAAUUAGAUUAAAAUUUUCUGCAAAGUAAUAAAACUGAAAAACUUUAUCGUCGUGCUACUCUCACAUCUUUGACAUAAAACUGAAAACAGAUAAAGUAAACUUAACCCUUACGCUUAAAUAAAUAAACUCAUAUGAGUAUAAAAUGUACUUUCUCAUUUUUAUUUUUAUGUAUUUUUUCUGUUUGUUUUUGCUUUAAAAUGAGGCUUUUUUGUUUUAAAUUUGUAUAUUUCUUUAUGUAAAACGCUUAUUCUUUUCUUUUUAAAACAAACAUUCUGAAAAGUUGCUAAUAUUGAUCUCAAUUCGUGUUGAUAACGAAUGGAAACUUAAAAAAAAA